GGGUUCUUAACCUAGAAAAAAAUUGCCGUACAUAACCUCAUUUUUUCUUAACUCACUUCCUAUUUUUCAGUUAAUUUUGCAAAAUGAACUUUUAAAAACAUUUUCAUCUAUAAAACGAGACAGUGUAACAGCAAAGGAUCUACGAUAAGAUUAAAGCAUAGUUAGAAAUUAGUCAUUCCAGCUAUGUCUGCGAUAUUCAACUUCCAGAGCCUUUUAACAGUUAUUUUAUUGUUAAUAUGCACGUGUGCUUAUUUACGAUCCCUAUUUCCUUCAAUAAUGGACCGUAACAAGAAAGGAAUCAUGGGGACAUUUUGGAAAUGUGCAAGAAUAGGUGAAAGAAAAUCCCCCUGGAUAGCUGCCUCCUGCCUUAUAAUGGCAUUUUCUAUAUUA